GGGCAACGCCUGCUCUGCUGAAUGAUAACCCCCCCCCCCUUCACCCCUGCAGCAAACUUCAGGGCUUUCAGGCUGACACAUUAACAUCCUGCAGGGUUUCCGAGGACAUGGCAGCAAAGAAAGCCGUUUUGUUCAACUUCUGGGGGGUCGUCGUUCCGUCGAGGCCCGGCGGAGUUUUCCACAAGCUGGAGGAGCAGCAUGGACUGCCGCGAGGUUUUCUCUCCCAGGUGGCGUCCCAAACUAAAGGCGCCUUGAUGCAGGCGGAAAAAGGCAAAAUGACUCUUAAUCAGAUGGUCCCUGCUUUCAAAGCUGAGUGUGCAAAAGAAGCUAAGGCCCGGGGAGUGACGCUGCCGUCUGAUUGGUGCGUCAACUGCCUGCUGGAGGAGGACAGAAAGGCAAUGAGGGACGUUCAAGAAAUUGUGUUAAAGACUUCUGCAAGUCUGCGUUGCAAAGGGGUACUGACCGCAGUCCUGGCCAAUCACUGGCUAGACGACAGCGCCUCCGCAGACGACCUGGCUCAACUUCUCUGCCUCCUUGGCCACAAUUUUAACCUCGUCCUCUUGUCCUGCCAUUCGGGGCACAGGGUCCCAGAACUCGGCAUGUUCAACUCUGCUUUGGACCAGCUGGGAAUCUCAUCAAAGCAGGCUUUGUGGCUCGACGUGGAGAAGGAGGGGGUGAAGGCAGCGGAGAGAGCAGGGAUGAAGUCCAUCCUGGUGGAGAACCUGGAGGCCGCUCUGCACAAACUGUCCGACUUUACUGGAGUUCAGACUGCUGGAGCAGAAAGUCCUCCAGUAAUCUGCCACCCGGACCAGGUGUCCCAUGGAUACAUCCCCGUCAGGCCUGGGGUUCGGACCCACUACGUGGAGAUGGGCUCCGGUCCGCCGGUCCUGCUGUGUCACGGUUUUCCUGAGAGCUGGUACUCCUGGAGGUACCAGAUUCCAGCUUUGGCUGCAGCAGGGUUCAGGGUCCUGGCUCUGGACAUGAAGGGAUACGGACAGUCCACAGCACCUCCUGACAUAGAGGAAUAUUCUCAGGAGCAGCUUUGCAAGGAUCUUAUCACGUUCAUGGACAAAAUGUUCAUACCACAGGUGACCCUGGUUGGUCACGACUGGGGUGGUGCGCUGGUUUGGACUAUGGCCCGGUAUUUUCCAGAGAGAGUCAGGGCGGUAGCGUCUUUGAACACUCCCCUGUUCCCAGCGGACCCUUCAGCUCCCGCCUCAGAGAAACUAAAGGCUCUUCCGAUAUUUGACUAUCAGAUUUACUUCCAGAAACCAGGAGCAGCCGAGGCCGAGCUGGAGAAGGACUUGGAGAGAUCGUUCAAGAUUUUCUUUUCCAGCAGCAGCGAAGCGGCGAGUCGUCCGGCUCUGAAGACGUCCGGAGUCUGUGCUCGAGGCGGGCUCUUUGUGGGUCUCCCGGAGCAGAUUCCUCGCAGCUCCAUGCUGACGGAGGCAGACCUGCGGUACUACGUCAGCCAGUUCAAGGAGAGCGGCUUCAGGGGUCCAUUGAACUGGUACCGCAACAACCAGGCCAACUGGAAGUGGAUGUGUUCGCAGCCCACCGGGAAGGUUCUGAUGCCGGCGCUGAUGGUGACGGCGGGCAAAGACCCCGUCCUGCUGCCGGAGCUCUCACACGGGAUGGAGGACUUGAUCCCCAACCUGAGCCGCGGACACAUCGAGGACUGCGGACACUGGACUCAGAUGGACAAGCCGGCAGAGACCAACAACAUCCUGAUAUCGUGGCUUAGAGAGACACACGGGGCGGCCAGGGGGGUCCCAGCGGCCCCCAGGCUGUGACGGGGGGAGGACAUGAAGGAGGAGGGAGGGAGGGAGGAUGUAACGUGAAGAGGAGAUAAAACGUUACAAUUUUAGCAUUUAAGAAGGAAAUGCUGGGAGGGAAAGAUGCCUGAAGGAAACCAGGAACGGCUGGGAAAAAAUAAAAUGAAAAAAGAGGGGAAAAAAAGGUUUAGCCAAUAAAAAC